ACAGGUAAUUUGGGGACAGAAGAUCUAGACUCAAAAAGGAGAGGAGAUGCUUGCAGAGAAAGGAAGAAACACAUUAAGGUUGGCGUUUCUUUAGGAAAUAAUUUUCUUUUUAAUUGACAUUUUUUUAGGAAAUAUUUGUAUGUUUAAUUAUGAGAAGAUUUGGGGUUUUGAUUUAAAGAUGAUGUAAGCAAAAAGAGUGCAAAAAAUGAAAACGAAACUACUUGCCCAAAAUACAUUUAUUAUUAUUUUUUAUAUAAAAGCGAAGAAUGUAUCCUUGGUGGAGCUCAUAGAAUAGAUCCGAGAGCUCCAAAAAGAAAAACAACUAUGGCGAGGAGGCCACGCGUGAUGGGAAUUCCGGAGGGGCCGGUGGCGGAUGAUACUAAAACCAAGAUCAUGGUCUCCACCCCAAUAUCUUCGGUGUUCUGCUUUUCCGCGGAUGCCCCGAAUCCAGGCCAAUGGUCUGUGUGCUGUGCUGAGCCUUUUCCCUUCGAAGGCAGGGCUUUAGUGUUGGACUUGGAGGAGGAUGAUGAUAAUCGUAAUAAGAUAUUAUUUGGCUAUGAACACAUCCCUGGACAUGGCUAUGAUGUAGUAGCCUACACCAUGUUCAACGAUGAUGAAAAUGGUUAUUGUUAUUGUCAUCGCAUCACCCCUCUACAUCUGCUGACAGAGUUCAGCGAAUUAGUUUUUGGAACAGAUGACACGUUUAGUUUUGUCCAUCUAGGAGGUGGAAAAGUCUGCUUUGUUAUUGCCUAUUCCAUGGCAAGCUUGGAAGGUGAUGAUGAUUAUCCUAUUCUUGGGGAGGAAGAAGUGGAUCUUAUUGUCGUGACAUUCGAAUUUUCCAUUUCCAAGAAGGAUGGUAAUUCUACAAGAUUCUUCUCAACCAAAACUUUGGGUUCGUUUAUCUUUCCUUUCGAUUUUGCUUCAGAAUCUGGUAGCGUCUUCGAGGCCAAACUGCUCGGUUGCUUUGUGCGCUAAUAUGCAAUGCAACUUCUUUCCUUUCUUUCAGUAAUCUCUCUGGCUGACUCAUUUCUAUUUAUUUAUAUUAAU